AUGGCCAUCACCGACGCAUAUCAGAAACGAAACUUUGCAGAAACAGUCCAUGACUGUUUCGGCUCAGCAAUCCACCCUAUCCUCGCCUUUCCAGAUGGGCUGGAAGCACAAUCAGGUUUCAAGUACUAUUCGCCAGCAGAUCUGAACCGACUGUCACGCAAAGCGGCAGCAUUCCUCCUUUCAAAUGGGGUCCCAGUCAGGAAGAGCGGCGACAAGCCCCUCAAGAUCACAAUCUUCGCCUAUGGCACCAUCGAAUGGGCUGCAUGCUUCUACGCCAUCGUACAGAUGGGCCAUACCGCCGUGUCUCUGAGCUCACGCCUUUCAGAGGAAUACGUCCAGGGCCUCCUCGCCAAGAGCAACGCAGAUGUUCUCCUCCACGAUCGGCCAGUCACAAUGCCCAGCAAUUUGACAAAUGUCCACAAAGUCGACAUGCCUACAGAACAGAAGCUUGAAGCACUCGCAGAGAAGUCAGACUCAGAGGUCUACUGUGACUACACAACAGCCAUCGACCCCGAAGACGACGUCUACUACGCACACUCGUCCGGCAGUACAUCCCUCCCCAAACUCUUCCCAGUCAGCCACCGCGAAUGGCUCGCUCGCAUGCGACACUGCGAGCAGAUCAUCCUCCCAGACGAGCGCUCCUGGUGCGCUUCGGCAAUGUACAACGCGGUAGGACUGAUCCAAAUAAGCUUGGCAGUGUCCAAAUCAGUCCCAGUGUUCUUCGAGAACGAUCGCGUACAAUUCACAGUGGAGGGAGCAGUGAAGUUUGUCCAAGAGGCAAGGCCAGACAAGAUCGGCAUCACGCCAUGGACGCUUGGCAUGCUUGCAACUGUCCCGAAGGGCAUCGAAGGUCUGCGCCACGCCAGACGGGUCGAGAUGUUUGGUGCUGUAUGUUCCGACGAGCUUGGCGACAAGCUCGUUGCGGAAGGCGUUAAGUUGGCAUCGCUCUACGCUACUACGGAGUCAAGUGCCAUGGCUGGAUCGUCUUCGAGACCUGAAGGAGAUGACGAAUGGCAGUGGUUGUCUAUCAUUCCGCCGAAGAAGCAACAUAUUGAGAUGCGACCACUUGACGGCAGCGAAGAGCUCUGGCAAUUGUGGUGUAAGCCUGGAUGCCCCGAAGUGCUCCCCACUGUCAAGGAUAAGGACGGUGCCUUCUGCACCGGGGAUCUCUUCCUGAAGCACCCCACCAAGGAGAAUCGCUGGAAGUGUGUGGGUCGGCAGGAUGACCAUAUCAAGAUCUAUCAGAAGGACAGGCAGUCGAUCAUCAACGCUAUCGUGUACGAACAGACGAUCCACCGCGGCAACAAAGACGUUGUCGAUGAGGUCGUGCUCUUCGGUCAAGGUCGCGGGAGUCUUGGCGCUCUAGUGUUCGCUGAAGACCUCCCCGUUGGCUCGCACAAGAGAGCUGAAGCCGAGAAGCGGAUCUGGCAUACAGUCCAGAGCGAAGUCAAUGGCAAGCUUCCAACGCCGAUCGACAAGAACAUGAUUGUGUUCGUGGACAUCAAGCGGACGUCACUGCCUCAGACUGGGAAGUUCAACAUCAUCAGACCACAGAUCUACCUAAAAUUCCAGCAUUUGAUCGACCAAGCUUAUGACAACCAGGCUUCGGAGCCCACCGUGAACGGCAAGUCCUCUGAUGCCACAACGAACGGCAAUGCGUCCGAGCAGAAGCAUGAUCGUCCAAAUGGUCUGCAUAGAACGGAAAGCUGUGGUUCUGAGCACGGGGCUGCGUUGACGAAUGGGCACACGAACGGCCCUAGCGCGAAGUAUGUCAGCUGA